GGCCCAACACUUCCAACCGUUAGAAGACAGCACCAACUGGGAGCAGGGCAAGGAUGCCAAUUCCGCCUCCCCCUCCACCCCCGCCUGGUCCACCUCCACCUCCCACUUUUAACCAGGCAAACACAGAACCACCCAAGCUAAGUAGGGAAGAACAGCGAGGCCGAGGUGCCCUGUUACAGGAUAUCUGCAAAGGGACUCGGCUGAAAAAAGUGACUCAUAUCAAUGAUCGGAGUGCUCCAGUUCUUGAGAAACCAAAAGGAGGAAGCGGGGGUUUUGGUUCUGGAAUAAAUGCCCUGCAGCCCAAGGGAGGUCUCUUCCAAGGAGGAGUGCCAAAACUCAGACCUGUGGGAACAAAGGACAUUUCAGAGAAUCUAGUUGGCAAGACAGUUUUACAGGUCUCUGGUUCCCGAGCCACUGCCCCAAGGCCCCCAGUGUCCACAGGCAGUAACCGUCCCCAAGAUGAUUCAGACAGUACCCGGGCAUCCCCCCCAGAGCUUCCACGGAUGCAGAGACCCUCUUUACCGGAUCUUUCCCGGCCCAAUUCCACCAGCAGUACGGGCAUGAAACAUAGUUCAUCGGCUCCCCCACCACCACCCCCUGGGCGGCGUGCCAAUGCACCCCCUGCACCUUUGCCUAUGCACAGCAACAAAGCCCCAACCUACAACAGAGAGAAGCCUUUGCCACCAACCCCUGGACAGAGGCCUCCCCCUGGCCGAGAGGGGCCCCCUGCUCCACCUCCAAUUAAGCCACCUCCUUCCCCUGUGAAUAUUAGGACAGGACCAAGUGGGCAUAACCAGUCUUUGGCUCCCCCUCCACCGCCUUAUCGUCAGCCUCCUGGGGUUCCCAAUGGGCCCUCAAGCCCCACUAAUGAGUCAGCCCCUGAACUGCCACAGAGACACAAUUCUUUACAUAGAAAGACACCAGGGCUUGUCAGAGGCCUGGCACCUCCCCCACCCACCUCAGCUUCACCUUCUUUACAGAGUAGUAGACCACCUCCCCCAGCCCGAGAACCUCCCAGUAGGGGAGCAGCUCCUCCACCCCCACCACCUUUAAUUCGAAAUGGUGCCCGGGAUGCUCCACCUCCACCUCCGCCAUACCGAUUGCAUGGCUCUACAGAACCUUUAAACAGAGGAAAACCUCCACCUCCACCUUCAAGGACACCAUCUGGGCCACCACCACCACCACCACCUCCCUUGAGGAAUGGCCACAGAGAUUCCAUUGCAACUGUCCGAUCUUUUCUGGAUGAUUUCGAGUCCAAGUAUUCCUUCCAUCCAGUAGAAGACUUCCCUGCUCCAGAAGAAUAUAAACACUUUCAGAGAGUUUAUCCCAGCAAAACAAACCGAGCCAUCCGUGGGGCCCCACCCCUGCCACCUACUAUCAGGUGAAGCCCAGGUGGGUUCAUUUCCUCAGCAAAAGGAUGGACCUCCUCCAGUUCUCAAAUGGUCCCUACUGCUUCCCCCAAACCUGCAUGAGAACUCCCAUUGUGUUCUUCCAGUGCAACCAACCGCUCAGAAUUCAACAUCCUUCCCAGUUCAUCUUCAUCUAUGCAUCUCCUCGCUGGACUUGAUUGGACUGUCUUAUUUUGGCAGUGGAUUCCCUAUUCCUCUACUCCCCUUUAUCUAGUGAACCCUGCUAGUGGUGUGAGGAAAUAGCUUCUGUCUCCUGUUCUCUCUUUGGAGAGAGGUGCCUUGUGAUGAAUUCACUAAUCAGAGCAGGGUGAAAACAGUAUCAUUCUUGUUUCCACAUCAAAUCCUCCCCUUCCCCACCCCCAGGAAGCCAAAUAGGUGUAUAUGGACUUUAAGCCAUUAGGUUCCUUGGCACAGCUAUUUCCACCUCUGUCCUUUGUGGGGAGAGUGCCAUCUUAAGUAAAAUAGGAAAGAAGUAUGCAGAGAGGAUAUCUGCUUCAAAGGUCACAGUUGCAGAAUGGGACAGGAAAGGGGGUCUGCUUUCUUCCUAGGGUGUCUUUUUUUUUUUUUUAACAUGGGGUUAAAGUUCUAGACUACAGUUGGGUUUAAAUAUUACAUACUAAUCAGUUAAGCUUAAAGCAUAUGCUAAAAGGGGAGAAUAGGCUCAGGCUAAGAAUUUUGCAGCGCUAGCCAAUUCCUCCAAAGCAAAGGGACCAAAAGAAGAUUGAGUCUUCAGGGGCCCCCUGCCUCAUUUACCCAGGAACUUGGUUGGCCAAGUAGGCUCAAUUGAAGAACCUUUCUAAUCCCUUGGAUCACAUGCUAAGGAUCUGUCACCAUUGCAGGUCCAUAGUGGCUCCCAUGGGAGAAGAUGGAGCUGAAUUGCAUAUAUGUAUAUGACUGAACCCUUCUUGUUAUAUUCCAGACCAAAUCCAGUGCUGUUUUACCUUCAUUAUUUUUAUGCCAACUGUUGGUUUGAUUAAGUCAGUUGUAGGGAAACCUUUUCUAAUUGUUUUUAUUUUAAAACCUGAUAGCAGUUAUCCCCCAGAGAUGCCUCAGCACCUGGGAUUGGGAGGAUAUGGAAAGGCUCCCCUGGCCAGGAACUCAGGGGAAGGGAAGGAGGAAAGAUUGAUAUUUAAUAGUACUGAUCAUUUACUUAGUCCUGACUGUGAAGUCUUCAGAUCAUUGUUGAAAUGGAAAUUGGCAUCUUUUAUACAAUGUUCUGUGAUGGUGUUUUUCUUUACAAUAUUCAAACAUAGAACAGAAAGAGAAGUAUUUGUAAUCAUGGAAGCCAAACCCUAAUUUUUCUUGUGGGAUUGGUACCUUUUUUCCCAUUACUUGCUCCUUUGGAUUUUGGACUGUGUCCCAUUGGGCAUCCAUUGGACUUUCAAUGUCUUACUCCUUGAAAAAGGUUGGCUAAGCUCAAGUCAAAUGGAUUUUUCUUCUUCAGAGUGUGUUGAUGAUCCAUUAUGUAGUUUAAUGUCUUGCCUUACACACUAAUCUGUCCCACUGGUGGUACUAGAUUUAUUUUCAUGACACAACCAGAACAGUAAUUCAUUCAUUCAACUUUAUUAAGAGGCUAUGCUUGAGUAAUGGGAAUGUGACUCAUAGUUACUGAUCUAUUUUGUAUGUUAAAAAAACAAACUUGUAAUAUAGGUUUAAGGUGGGCUGGCUGCAAGGGCACUAAAACUUCUCACCUUUGAACUGCUCUUUUCUCUGCUUGUGGGAAUGUUGUUACCUCCUUAGUUGAAGAUUGGUUGGGUCUCAUGUUGAGGCUUCUUCCAGUCAAAGAACCCUUAUGUCCCCUCUCUGAAGGAAGAGAUGGUGCCCAGCUCUGCUCAUCAGAAAGCUGAAUUAAAAGCCCCCAGCUGGGGUUGGGUUUGGUUUUUUUUUUUCCCUAAUGGGAAAAACUUAAUAUUUGUUUCCUGUUGCCCUGGCUGCAAAGCAGAUGGGUAGCCUCAAGCCUAAAUGAGAGCAAUGCCCCUCUACUUCUAUCCCAUCUACCCAGGUCACAGCACUUUUGACAUUGUGUUGGUUCUGUGUAUUGUGGGGUUGGAAUGCUGCUCAAGCUUCAAACCCUUGCUUUUCCUGAAACCAGGGCGCCUGGACUAUUGGAGUGGCUGUAGGGUUCCCUAGGAACACAUCCCAGCCCUCUUUAUUUGGCAAGGGACAGGAAGGGAGGACCUCUUUUGGCCUCCCAACUUGAAACCCAAAUGAACCUCUAGGGAGAGGUGAGAAGAAAAUGUGUAAAUAGACUUAAGCAUUGCUAUAGAGUAACUCAGGGCUGGGGUAUAUUUUAAUUAUCCUGAUCACUUGAAAUAACUCAUAGACUAAGUGAAUUUUGGAAUGGGGUAGGAAAUGUGUCCCCAUUGUUCUUUUACCCUAAGGGGCCUAAGGGGGGGUAAAUUGGGGUCUUCUGAGACUCUGCUUUUAUUUUUAAUGGCACUACAAUGAGUUGUCUGCCCUUGAAACCCUACCUGGGAUCAAUGGCAAACCAAAUUCCUUACAUUCCAGUCUUGGUCUUUCCCAGUUUCAUCCCAGCCCCUGGCUAUAAGGUCCGGGUGGCUCCCUGCCAAUCAUUCCUUGGAAUCCGGGGAUUGUGGGAGAGUUGGCUCACUGCAACAUAACAUUGCCUUUGAAAUUCAUCUGCUUUAAAACAACUGAAGCAAGAACAUGCAAAAAAACAAAACAAAACUGUUUAAUGGAAGGAAGUGUUUGGAUCCAUUCAACUCCACGUUCAUUGUGCCUUUACCCUAUGUCAGGCAUCUAUGCUCCCUCUUCCUCUUGAACUGAAACAAUUUAAAUCUUCCUUGUCUACUGCUGUUCCCUUCUUCCUCUACACUUCUUUGUAGAUCUGGUGGGCUCUUCUUCUCUAAUCCUUGUGAGUCUCAUUUCACCAGUGGCAGAGGACCAGCUUCUCUUUCUCCCUACCUCUCUUUCUUCCCCAGAGUGACAAGCAUGGAUGUCACAGUAAUCAACACUGUAUAAAUAUACCCAGAAUGAUGAGAGAGGGUGUGUGCACAUGUAUGCCUGAGAGUGAGUGUGUGUAUGUGUAGUCUGCAUGUAGAUGGAUUUUUAAAAUAAUUUAUUAUAUGAAUAUAUGGAUGUUAUGUUUUGAUCCAUAAUUCUUCCCUAGUUGUGUUGAUUUUUUCCCCCCUCCUCUAAGAUGUAGUCUGGUCUCAGGUUGGAUUCUUUGGUACACUUCUCCCUUCUGGGUGCCAUGCAGCUAUUUAAUUAAACCUCAUUUUACAAACCAAA